AUGGUGGAAGCGGAAACGGAUGAUUGGAAGCUCGCAAGGCUGAACAAGGUGCGGCAAGCGGAAGUCAUCACACGCCUGGUGCGGGCCAAGAUAAGCCUCAGCGAGUUCGGCACCGGGUGGAACGAUGAUGAAGCCACCGUGGAGGCCGUGAAGAUGGCAGGUCGACAAGCCGCGGAGGAGAUCGCCCACCGAGAGUUCGAGGCUUCAAUCCGCGAGACCCUGUCGGGUUCCCAUCUCAGCCAGGCAGCGGUGGAAGAGUUUGCAGCCAAGAUGAAGCUGAUGGCCGAGAUGUGUGGAAAGGGCCAAGAAGGGAAGGAGCUCAUGAAGGAGGAGCUCAGCAUCAUGAAAAGCAACAGUGAGAUGUCCACGAUGGAAUCGACGAUGGCGCACGAAAUGGCCACCUACGUUGACGAGAUGUGCCAAGUUCAGGUCAUGGACGUGGACUUCUUUGUCGGGAAGUUCGGACACGUUUCUGAUUGCAACGAGUUGAUCGGCCUCUCCUUGGUGUCGAAGAUGCACAAGGAAACUCAAAAGCUGGACUACUUCGCAAAGUCCAGCCUGGUCUUGCACGAUGAGGAAAACGGCGUGGGGCACCAGUUUGUGGAGCUUCUGAAGGGCGGCGAAUCCGUUGCAACGUUCAAGGCGCGAUUGCACAACGCCACGCAGAAGAGCGCAGAGCACCUGCCAACCAUGAGCCGCUUACGGUUGAUCGAUCUCAAGCACUACGAGCAUGUGCAUGGCUUCACGGUGGCGAAGUAUUGCAACGGGACCUUUACUGAAGCGGCAGACUGGGAGAGCCCAGCAAUCCAAAACUACGUCGACUGUCUCUGCACACGCCAGCAGCCUUCGUUGCUAUGUGAUGCGCAGCACUCGGAGGAGUUGGAGACCCUAAGGCCGAGUAUCAUGGCCCGACUCCGGAAGGCCAAGAAGUCCUUGUCCAGCGCGGCCUUGUUGGAGGUCGCCGAAAGCUUCAAGUCCAAGGGCAUCGGUCUUGGGCCCUGCACUGGUGGCGCAUUUACCUGCAGCUUGUGCGUCAGUGGGCAGUGCUUGGGUGGUGGUGGUCUGGCCUUUGAUCACCUGUCCGCAUUGACGACUUUGAUCAAGGGCCCGCAGAGUUGCGUCAAGGGUGAGUGCUCCGUGUGCUUUGGAGUCUCGGCCGGGCAGCGCACAAGGUUCAUUCUAAGCUUCGGCGUGUCCGUGGCGUCGUGCAACGGUGCCGCGGCCUUCUUCACGAGCUUCCACAUCUGGGCCGCAGUCACCUUGUGCAUUGGCGGCGUGCUCGGAAAGAUUGCCGAUGCCAUCGGCUGGUCCGCAUGUGCAGGGAUCGCUAACGUGGCCUACUACCCCUUCAUCAACAAGAUGACGAUCACGUUAAGCCUUCCCAUCUUCGUCCCACCUCCCUUGGGUGUGGCGGCUCCUUUGGAGGUGAACUUGAACCUGGGAGACCUCACGCCAGCUGUCUACAGCCACUGUGGAAAACAAGGCCACGGAGAGUACAACUGCCUUCAGAGCAUGUUCAAUGCCCGAGGACCUACCAGGGUCUCUGUGGGGGUGGAUGUUCUCCUGGGUGUGAGCAUCCCGGUCUUGGGCUCGGUAGGCAAAUGGGUUCGGAUCCUUGGCUUUGAGAUGGCCGAGAAAGACAAUUCCCGCGAGCUCGCCAUGAACAAGGCCGGGGUCACCAUUGAGUACAUUGGCAGCAACCGUGAAGGUGGGGAGCUCUGUGGCAAGACCUUCUCCAACGUGAACUGCAUCAAGGAGGCUGGGGACAAGAACUACCGAGCCAAUACACAGGACAAGCAUGGAGAUCGCUUCCAUGUCUACCGGAAUCCCAAUGACGAAAACGACCCGAGAGCCUUGUGCGUGCGGCGCGUUGAUCGAUGGGAUGCCGGAUGGGGCAUGGAGCUGGAGUUGGCCUGCAAGGUGGACAACAGUCAGGGCGGGGGAGGCGGCAUUCUGAUCCCACUGGGCACAACGCACCAUGACAAGAAGUGCGUGAUGCCACCUGAGCCGGUGCAUUGCCCUGGGUGGUCAGGCAACCGGGGCCACCGCUUAGGCUUUGACAAUGAAGAUGCAGGAUUCAAGAUCACCGAGGAGGGUGGCCGCAUUUGUGGUCACUUGGAGCACCGCCGGCGCCGGCGGCGCCGUCACCGACGGCGCCGGCGCAACAGCCUCGGCUGGGACAUGAAGCUUGUCCUUGAGUGCGAUUCAAAAGGCCACAAGACUGACUACGUAGUUCAAGACAUCAACUUCGGCACGUCCCAUACCAAUAUGAAGUGCCUCUUACCUACACACCGCGUGAAAUGCGAGUGGGAUGCCGGCAAUGCCCACAAGCGUGCAAACGACCACAAGAACGGCGACCAAUUCCACAUCUGGAAUUCUCACACGAACCAUCUAUGCGUGAAGCGGACGGACGCAGGGGGUGGUUGGGGCAUGGACUUGCGGGUUCAGUGCAAGCAAUACGAACAGCUCUGGGGCAAGACCAAGGUGACGAUCGGCUCCAGCCGCCACAACGAGAAGUGCGUGCACUUCGCGCAGAAGGGCCUCCGCUGCGACGACUUGGCAGGCAACCGGGAGUAUCGCUCCAUGGACACGGACAAGGAGGACAGCUUCUACAUUGAGCUGCGAGACAAUCACGUGUGCGCUCGGCGCACCGACGGUGGCCGGCGCCGGCGUCAUCGGCGGCGAAGGAGGUGGACGGAGGGCUGGGGCACGAACUUGGAGAUCGACUGCAAGGUGAUUCAGGGACCUUGGGACAUCGUCCCGAUUGGCGGGUGUGGGACACCAUCCCACUAUAGGUGCUUCCUGCCAGAGCACCGAGUUGUUUGCGAUGAGGAAGUCAACUGGCACCAUCCCUUCCUCAUUUGGGAGGAUCACACCAACCACAUUUGCGCGAGGCGCAUGGACGGCAAUCACGGCUGGACUGGCAACCUCCAGUUGGAAUGUCAGAAGAAAGAGAAGCGUUGGACAAGGACGACUGUGACCAUCGGCGCCAGCGGUGGGAACGAGAAGUGCGUGGAUGUUCCGAAUCAGGAGAAGAUUCAAUGCGACUACUUGGCGGGCAAUCCGGAGUAUCGCCUUUCAGACCCACAUUGGGGCGACACCUUCAAUAUCGAGCAUAAGGACAACAAAGUCUGCGCGCGUCGGACGGACAGUCAUGGCGGUUGGGGUAUGCACUUGACCAUCCAUUGCAAGGAAUAUUCCUACAGCAUUCGGGAGAUCAUAGAAGCGCCUAAAGAGGUGGCUAAAGAGGUGACGGAGACGAUUGUCCAGAACCCGGAAGCGGCCAAAAAGGCGGCGAAGACGACUGCCAAGAACAUGAGGAAUGCAACUCGGCUCACUUCUCAGUCUUUUCUCUUGCUGCCUGCUGCAGCUGAUAAGAAAGAAUGCUUUUGGUUAUGCACUUGA